AUGUAUAACCCAGAGUACACCUCCCGCCCCCACAUUCUCGUGCUCAACAAGAUAGACCUACCCGAGUGCUCGGUGAGUCUGCUCGUGCAUGCAGGGGUGAGUGAAGGAGAUGCGAGUAUGGAUGCUGAAGCAGAUAGUGCUCAUGCUGAUGCAUCGACAGCUGAGUGGUUGGAGCCUCCCAUUGCCAUUGUGCACAUCAGCGCACGAUGGAGAGGGCAGAGGGGGCCUGCUGACAGUGGUGCGAGAGGCAAGGGAGGCAUUUGUCCCUCCCUUUGUUCCCCUCAUACCCCUUCGGAGUGUUCUUAUCUCCCUCUCCUCAUGCUCUCUUCUCUCCCUUCAUCCACCUUUUCCUUCUAUUUCACAAGGGAUGGGGAGGGCAUAGAGAAUCUGCUGACGGUGGUGCGAGAGGCAGUGGAGGCGGAGAGGAGGGGGGAGCUGCGGGGAGGGGAGGGGAGGCUGGGGGGAAGGGUGGGGGGGAGAGGAGGGAUGGUGAGAAGGAGCAGCAGGGUGGUGCAGGGAGGGGUGGAGAGAGAGAAGGCACCUCAGUGGCAGCUGUGA